AUGCAAUUUUCCAAUCUCCUUCUCCUUCUCCUCCCUCUUUUCUUCCACCUCACGCUCACACUCUCAUCAACCCUCAACCUCACCCCCCGCUCGGAACUCAACGGACCAUGCACCGGCGCCGGCGGUGCAUCUGGCGUAUGCAUCUCCGUCACAAACUGCAACGACGGAGGCGGACAAACAAUCAUCAACGCCUGUCACGGCACGCCCGACAAUAUCCGCUGUUGCACCAAAACAGCCUGCGGAUCUGGCAACAAGGGAAACUGUCGGUUCACCUCUUCCUGUGCAUCAGGCAUAACCGAGACGAAUAAAUGUCCUGGCCCAACAAACUUCAAAUGCUGUAUGCCUAGUGACAGUAAUACUCCGGGGAGUUGGUCACCUCCGACACUUCCUAGCCUCAGCUCUGGGUGCAAGCAGAUUGCUAUUGACGGGGCAAGGGUUAUCGUGGCACAGUUUCCUGGCAAGAUCAAAGAGAUUGGGUGUAUUAGAAAGUGUGAUGAUCCGGCUUCAAGUGACCAUUGCACGGGUAUGGCGACAGAUAUGAUGGUUGCUAAUGGUGGGGAAAAGGUCACAACGGGAGAACCGAUCGCUGAAUGGGUCAUGCGUAAUGCUGCUGCUCACCGUGUCGCAUAUGUCAUGUGGGGUCAGAGAAUUUGGUCGAGAGGCAGAGAUGAUGUUAAACUGUGGUCGCAGUGGAGAUAUCAGUCAUGUACGGUCAUCAAGAACUGUAAGAAUGGAGAUCGGGGUAGUAAUACGGCAAACCACUGGGAUCAUGUUCAUGUGAGUUAUCAAUGA